AGAGAUGCUGCAGUGAGAUUCCCAGGGGGUGGGCCCCCUGGCUUUCUCUGGUGGGUGCCGGCUCUAGCCUUUGCUCCCUCUUCCUGUCUUCUUCCUCCCUGUCUCAAAAACAUGACAUACACCCAGUUGGUGUGCUGUAGCUGGGCACCGUGGGAGCCGGGGAGGUGACUGUUGGAGUAUCCCAUACCCGGCCCCUGGGACUUUGGAUCUUGCCUCUGAGCCACUGAGUUCAAAGUGGGCACCAAGACCCAUGGGGGAACCAUGCUCGAAGAGAUAAUGCUGCUGAGGGUUGACAUGUAUCACCACAGCGGUGGAGGGGCCAGACGGGGUUCUUACGCGAGGCUGGCAGCCCUGACCUGCUCGCUCCGCUUUCAGCUGGUGAUGGCCUCCCUGUACCAUGUCUACGUGGCUCUGGAGGAAGAGAUUGAGCGCAACAAGGAGAACCCCGUCUACGCCCCCCUUUACUUCCCGGAAGAGCUGCACCGCAAGGCCGCCCUGGAGCGGGACAUGGCCUUCUGGUAUGGACCCCGCUGGGAGGAAGCCAUCCCCUACACGCAGGCCACCAGGCGCUACGUGCGGCGCCUGCACGAGGUGGGGCGCACGGAGCCAGAGCUGCUGGUGGCCCACGCCUACACCCGCUACCUCGGCGAUCUGUCUGGAGGCCAGGUCCUCAAGAAGAUCGCUCAGAAGGCCCUGGACCUGCCCAGCUCCGGUGAGGGCGUGGACUUCUUCACCUUCCCCAACAUCGCCAGCGCCACCAAGUUCAAGCAGCUGUACCGCGCGCGCAUGAACACCCUGGAGAUGACCCCCGAGGUCAGGCAGAGAGUCAUCGAAGAGGCCAAGGCUGCGUUCCUGCUCAACAUUCAGGUGAGGAGCUGGCUGGCAGCCCAGGUGGCCGCUGUCUCCCCUCACUGCUCCUCUGGGACGUCGCUCCUUACACAGAGAGAGUGGGCUUUGGGUCAUGGUUAAGUGCAUGGUGAGUGAUCAGGGAGUCAGUCUUCCAGUUCUGC